AUGGCAGAACCAGACGCGCCCGCCGCCACAGGCAUAUACGUUCCACCGUCGAAUAUACUGCCGCCAAAACCACUCGUGUUUGAUGACAACAUCGCGAUAAGUUGGAAAACAUGGAAAAAGGCUUGGAAACGUUUUGAAAUUGCCACGGGAGUUUAUAAGCAAGACGGAGUUGUUCGUGUAUCAACCCUGCUAAGUAUAAUAGGUGAAGACGGCGUCAAAACAUUCGACACUUUUACGUGGGCAGAAGGCGAAAGCGAAGACAAUAUAGACCAGGUUCUAAAGAAAUUUGACGAGCAUUGCGAACCAACAACUCAAGUUAUUUAUGAACGCUAUCGAUUUAAUAACAGAAAACAAGAACAAG